AUGAUCAAGGGAAUUCGGCUUUCAAAUUGGGUGGUAGAGGAAACUGAGGAACAGGAAGCAGAGCUUACAAAGUUUGUCAGGAUAGUGAAGACGAAAAUCCAGUGUGGAGAAGAUUCUUGGAUAGAGGAUAUAUUGGAUCCAAGAUUGGAAGGGCAGUUUAGCAGGAAUCAGGCAGCUAUCCUGGUUGAGAUAGGUCUAUCCUGCAUAGACGAUGAUAGAAACAAGCGACCUACAAUGGAUUCAGUAGUCCAAGCUCUACAAGAAUGUCAAGAUGAAUUAGUAACAUAUACUCCAAACAACCUGUAA